AUGGAGGCAGCUGCAGAUCUUCAGGAUGCAGCCUUGGUAACUCUGAAGUUUCAGUUUAACCCGAAGCUGGGCAUUGAUAAUCCUGUCCUUUCCCUGGCUGAAGACCACGACCUCUCUGAUCCCUGGAGCCUGCAGCGGCCUCGCUUCUGUCUGCUGAGCAAAGAGGAAGGCAGGAGUUUUGGCUUCCACCUACAGCAGGAGCCAGGCAGGGCCGGGCAUGUGGUGUGCAGGGUGGAUCCAGGCACUUCUGCCCAGCGCCAGGGCCUCCAGGAAGGAGACCGGAUCCUGGCGGUGAACAAUGAUGUUGUGGAACAUGAAGACUAUAUGACGGUGGUACGCCGCAUCCGGGCCAGCAGUCCUCGGGUGUUGCUGACAGUCUUGGCAUGGCAUGUGCAUGAUGUGGCCCGAGCUCUGCAGGGGAACCAUGCCCAUCUCUGUCCUACCCUCAGCCCUGGGGUCCGGCCCCGGCUAUGCCACAUAGUGAAAGAUGAUGGUGGCUUUGGCUUCACUGUCACCCCUGGAGAUCAGGGUCCUUUCUGGUUGGUGCUAAGUACUGGGGGAGCAGCUGAGCGGGCAGGGGUGCCUCCUGGGGCCCGGCUGCUUGAAGUGAAUGGGGUCAGUGUGGAGAAGUUCACUCAUAACCAACUCAGCAGGAAGCUUUGGCAGAGUGGAAAGCAGGUGACCCUGCUGGUGGCAGGGCCAGAGGUGGAGGAACAGUGUCGCCAGCUGGGAAUGCCCCUGGCUGCACCCCUGGCAGAGGGCUGGGCACUGCCUGCCAAGCCCCGCUGUUUGCACCUAGAGAAAGGGCCCCAGGGAUUUGGGUUCCUGCUCCGGGAGGAGAAGGGCCUUGACGGUCACUCUGGGCAGUUUCUGCGGGAGGUGGACCCAGGAACACCAGCCGAGAAGGCUGGGAUGCAGGUUGGGGACCGGCUGGUGGCUGUGGCUGGGGAGAGCGUGGAGGGGCUGGGCCACGAGGAGACAGUGUCCAGGAUCCGGGCGCAGGGCUCUAGUGUCUCCCUCAUUGUCAUCGACCCUGAGGCUGACCGCUUCUUCAGCAUGCUUCGCCUGUCCCCACUCCUCUUCAUGGAGACCACAGAGGCUGCUGCUUCUCCCCAGGACACCAGCUCACCCUCUCUGGUUGAGACCAAGGACCCACCACCUGACAACACAGCUGUACCUCUGGUCCCUCCUGGCUCCCGCCAGUGUUUCCUGUACCCUGGGCCUGGUGGUGCCUAUGGCUUCCGACUCAGCUGUGUGGCCUGUGUGCCUCGUCUCUUCAUCUCCCAGGUGACUCCAGGAAGCUCAGCUGCCCGGGCAGGGCUGCAAAUGGGAGAUGUGAUUCUGGAGGUGAAUGGGUAUCCUGUGGAUGGACAGAAUGACCUGGAAAGGCUUCAGCAGCUGGCUGAGUCUGAGCCACCCAUCUGCCUUAAGCUGGCAUCCAGGUCUCAGCAGGGUUUGGAAGCCUGGAUUCCCCCAGGGUCUGCAGAGGAUUGGCCUCUGGCCUCAGAUCUGCUGUAG